AACUCUUCAUCUCGCGCCUGCCCGACUUCCUCCCAGCACAUUCCUGUACUUCACCUGCGUCCAUACUGCCCACAGACCCAGUCUUCCAAGCCUGCUGCUGCCCCCUGCAAGCCCCUCAAGUUGGGUCUUGACACGGUGCCUGCAGGUAUCUCUAGCCUGGGGCUAGAGGGUGCCCUACAGACACAUAGCCCUAACACCUCAGCGGGCCACCCCUCAAAGGUGGCCAGGCCCCCAGCGGCUGAUCCAAGUGCUGCCCCUGCCCCCAGCCCUGCUGGCUCCUAGUCCCACUGGCUCCCCGGAUGCCUGGCUGAGACACAGCAGUGAUUCAAGCUGCCCACACCUCCUUCUGACCCCUGAGGUUUGUACUGCAACAGACAACUCCUUGGACACCAGGCAGCUAACGGACACAGCUGCCAGUCCGAGCAGCAGUGGCAUGGGCAGCGCCAGCCCAGGCCUGAGCAGCGUUCCCCCAAGUCACCUCCUGCUGCCCCCCAACACGGCAUCAAGGACAGGCUUGGAGAAGGUAGCAGCAGGGGUGGUAGGUACCGAGAGGCAGGACUGGACCCCCAGCCCACCUACCACACCCGAGCAGGGCCUGUCUGCCUUCUACCUCUCCUACUUUGACAUGCUGUACCCUGAGGAUAGCAGCUGGGCUACCAAGGACCCUGGGGCCAGCACUCAGGAGGAGACACCUGAGGAGCCUGAACAGUGCCCAGUCAUUGAUAGCCAAGCCCCAGGGGGCAGCCUGGACUUGGUGCCAGGUGGGCUGACCCUGGAGGAGCACUCACUGGAGCAGGUGCAGUCCAUGGUGGUGGGUGAAGUGCUCAAGGACAUCGAGACAGCCUGCAAGCUGCUCAACAUCACUGCAGACCCUGUGGACUGGAGUCCUGGCAAUGUUCAGAAGUGGCUCCUGUGGACAGAGCACCAGUACCGGCUGCCCCCUGUGGGCAAGGCCUUCCAGGAGCUAGGGGGCAAGGAGCUAUGUGCCAUGUCAGAAGAGCAGUUCCUCCAGCGCUCGCCCCUGGGCGGGGAUGUGCUGCAUGCCCACCUGGACAUCUGGAAAUCAGCCUCAACCAGUGAGGAGAGCUGGACUGACAACGAGGUGGACUCAUCCUGCUCCGGGCAGCCCAUCCACCUGUGGCAGUUCCUCAAGGAGCUGCUGCUCAAGCCCCACAGCUACGGCCGCUUCAUCAGGUGGCUCAACAAGGAGAAGGGCAUCUUCAAAAUUGAAGACUCUGCCCAGGUAGCUCGGCUGUGGGGCAUCCGCAAGAACCGUCCUGCCAUGAACUACGACAAGCUGAGCCGCUCCAUCCGCCAGUAUUACAAGAAGGGCAUCAUCCGGAAGCCAGACAUCUCCCAGCGCCUUGUCUACCAGUUUGUGCACCCCAUCUGAGGCUGUGGGCCAGGCCCAAGGCCUGGAACCUGCUGUCCCCAGGCCUCUGGCCUGCCUGCCCCUGCCUGGGCUGGACCCUGAGCUGGGGGAUAAUGGGUAGUCUGCUGGCAUUCCCAAGUCCAAGGUCAGUGAGGGGGAGGCCACUGCUCCCAGGGGUUUAAGUGGGCUCUCUGGGGCUCAGGGACCCUAGGGUGGAGUGCUUCCUCCUCAGGCCUGACUACUCACAUGUCCAGUCUUUUGGAGGGUGGAGGGAGACAGGGCCAUUCUUGGUGUUCACCACUCUCCAGGGAAGGACCUCCUUCCAAAGGCCUGUGACCCUGGAAUUUUCAGAGCAGAGCCUACAGAAUGGCAGUGACUUG